AUGUCUAAUGGUAAUGAUAAUAUGAAGAAGACAGCAACUGUCUUUUCUGGACUAGUUUUUUCAUUUCCACUUCGUCUCGUUAUAACAGGUGCCAGUUAUGCAGUAGUAAGGUUCAAACUCCCGCCAAGUGAAAUUGGACCAUUUAUUAGCAUAUUAAGUAACUCUAUGCAAAUCACAUUCAUUCUUGGUAUUUUAUCAAUAAAUAUACUAAUAUGGUGUAAAGUAAAGGAUGAGCUUAGGUAUAUCUCUAUCGUUAUUUACUGGUUAUAUCUUAACAUUCAUUUAACAAUGUUAAUAAUGAUUUACAGUGGUGAUAUUAAGGGUAAUUCGAAUGCAUAUUACUGGGCGAUGAUGAUAGCAGGUUAUUUAAGUGGAGCAUCUGGUACAUGUGUGUUAAGUGUGAAUGGAGAGUAUGCCACAAUCUUCACAACCACAGUUCCUCUAUCUGGAAUGUUAAUGUCAGGAUGUAAUUGGAUAAUAUUGAAGCGUAUAAGUGUAAUAUCAGAUUAUGAAACAAGUUACAAGAUUAUUGAUUAUCAAAUAAUAAUAUAUAUAAUAAUGAUAUUGAUAACAUCAAUUUUAUGGACAAUAUUAUUUAAUGUGAAUGCAGAUACUAAUAAUAGUACAACAGGUAAUACUACAAUCGUUACCAUGGCAUCUAUAUUUGGAAUUUUUGUAUCAGUAUGUCAUUGGAUAAUAUUAAAGUAUGAAAAUGGAUUAUUAAAAUAUGAGACAAGUUACAAGAUUAUUAAUUAUCAAAUAAUAAUAUACAUAAUAAUGAUAUUGAUAACAUCGAUUAUAUGGUUAUUAGGAUUUAAUGGUAAGAUCAGUUCAAUAAUAUCAACAAAUUCUGUUAGAAAGACAGCAACUGUCUUUUCUGGACUAGUUUUUUCAUUUCCACUUCGUCUCGUUAUAACAGGUGCCAGUUAUGCAGUAGUAAGGUUCAAACUUCCGCCAAGUGAAAUUGGACCAUUUAUUAGCAUAUUAAGUAACUCUAUGCAAAUCACAUUCAUUCUUGGUAUUUUAUCAAUAAAUAUACUAAUAUGGUGUAAAGUACAGGGUAAUAUUAUUAGGUAUAUAUCUAUCAUUAUUAACUGGUUAUAUUUGAUUAUUUAUUUAACAAUGUUAAUAAUGAUUUACAGUGGUGAUAUUAAGGGUAAUUCGAAUGCAUAUUACUGGGCGAUGAUGAUAGCAGGUUAUUUAAGUGGAGCAUCUGGUACAUGUGUGUUAAGUGUGAAUGGAGAGUAUGCCACAAUCUUCACAGCCACAGUUCUUCUAUCUGGAAUGUUAAUGUCAGGAUGUAAUUGGAUAAUAUUGAAGCGUAUAAGUGUAAUAUCAGAUUAUGAAACAAGUUACAGGAUUAUUGAUUAUCAAAUAAUAAUAUACAUAAUAAUGAUAUUGAUAACAUCAAUUUUAUGGACAAUAUUAUUUAUUGUGAAUGCAGAUACUAAUAAUAGUACAACAGGUAAUACUACAAUCGUUACCAUGGCAUCUAUAUUUGGAAUUUUUGUAUCAGUAUGUCAUUGGAUAAUAUUAAAAGUAGUGAAGCUGGUGGUUCUGGCACUGGAUCUAGUGUAA